AUGGCGGAGCCCACCGUGUGCUCGUUCCUCACCAAGGUGCUGUGCGCCCACGGCGGCCGCAUGCUCCUGCGGGACCUGCGCGGCCACGUGGACCUGUCGGAGGCCAAGCUGCGGGACGUGCUGCAGCGCGCCGGGCCCGACCGCUUCCUGCUGCAGGAGGUGGCGCUGCGCGACGGCCCCUGGGACGCCGAGGCCGAGGUGGCGGCCGGCGCGGGCGGCGCGGGCGGCGGCGGCGGCGCCUCGGCCUGCAGGGUGGUGGCCGUGUCCUCGGCGCGCCUGUGCGCCCGCUACCAGCGCGGCGAGUGCCAGGCCUGCGACCAGCUGCACUUCUGCCGCCGGCACAUGCUGGGCAAGUGCCCCAACCGCGACUGCUGGUCCACCUGCGCCCUUUCCCAUGACAUCCACACGCCUGUCAACAUCCGGGUCCUGAAGCACCACGGGCUCUUCGGCCUGAAUGAAGCCCAGCUCCGGAUCCUGCUUUUGCAGAACGACCCCAGCCUGUCACCCGAGGUCUGUCUGCUCUACAACAAGGGUGGCGACGCCCUCUAUGGCUACUGCAACCUCAAGGACAAGUGCAACAAGUUCCACGUGUGCAAGUCCUUCGUCAGGGGCGAGUGCAGGCUGCUCGCCUGCAGGCGGUCCCAUCAGCUCAUUCACGCCGCGUCCUUGAAGCUGCUGCAGGACCAAGGGCUGAGUGUUCCCAGCGCCGUCAACUUUCAGAUCAUCGCCGCCUACAAGCACAUGAAGCUGCACCAGGUGCCUGGGAGGAAAGACAAUGCGGCUUCUGCUACCGAGGGUCCACAGGGCCUCGAGCGACCAGGAGCGCCUGUGGCUGGCCGUGCGGACUCCAGGCCUCUGGGCUCUGCCCCUACCCCCGCAGCCAGGAAGCCCUGCCCGGGAAGACCUGGAGAUGCGGCUCGGAAGUAAGAAGCGGCUGGUCCAGCUCCAGCUCGGAGACCUGCAGGGGCGGCGUCUGUCGGGCGUUAGUUUGUAACCUCCAAUGUUUGUCAAUGAUGGCCUUCCUAAUUCCUACCUCACACUGUCUGAGAAUUAAAGAGGAGAGAACAUCAUAGCGGGAUGGCUUGGCCCCUGAGCGGGCAGCCGGGGGUAGAACAGUGCAGACAGGGGUCCAGGGCGAACCCUGAAGGCGCAGCUCCUGCCUGCAGCUUCUGGGCUGUCCCCGGGCUGGCUGGGUGGAGCUCGUUGAGGGGUGGGUUUCUGCUGACCUGCUUGGUGGUCCAGCCGGUGCUUUCGUACAGUGGUGAUCAGAGUACGGACACUUUGUACACACACUUUUAUACCUAGUUGUUUUGUAAGCAUCUUACCGUAUUUAUUCACAUUUAUCAUGCACAAUCACUUAUUUGCAUGGAUACAUAAUAUAUCACAGUUUAUUUAACUACCUCCCUUAUUCUGGGGUAUCUGAGUUCUUUGUAAAACAUUUUUGAAAACUUCUAAAAUCUGCACAGUAUUGAAUUUUUAAAGCUGUUCUUUGCUUAGCUUUCAGGUGCUAAAUGGUACUGUCUCGAUUGGUAUUUCUCUACAUACGUGCGAGUGCAUUGUUGACUGUGUGCUUUCUCGUUUUACCCAAGGCCUUUUAUUACUGGAGCCCUCUGCUGUGCCAGUGGGGGAGGCCUUCAUUUCCGUCAAAGGGUGUCAGGCGUUCUGUGCACUUGCCACAGCCUGGUAGGCCCACCCCAGCCGCUGGCACGGAGUGUGGAGAUUUCUACCUCGCCCAGCCUGUUCUCACCUCCUUUAACUCUGCCAGAGCCCACCGGUGUAGUUAGAAGCGGUGUGGUCCAUCUCUUCUUCUGAACUGUGUCCGUUCUUCCCGUGGGUCAGGACGGACCCUCGGAAUCAGUGCGCCUCGCUCCUUCCAGCCCCCUCUGCCCCCGGGCUGUCUUCCUCACGGCUCCUGUAGAAGUCGUGUUCUUCAGGAGCUGCUUUGCUGUGUGUCGUGAUAACACCCCAAGUGUCGUUGGAUAAAACGGUGCUUUUUCACAGAAUACCCUGAGAGGAAUGCAAAAACGUCCUUGUUAACUGAGACGUGGUGUUUUCUCGUGGACAGGAAGUCGUGCGAUUUGUUUGAAUCUCACUUUGUUGUCAACAGCAACAGCGUCUCUGGAAACUCGUACAUCUGCAUAUUUGGGAGCCUGAUUUUUCCUGGUGCUCAUUUUUAAAAAGAUUUUUAUGCUUAAUUAUUGUUAUUAUUUACACUUUAUUAUUACACUAAGCAUUUAUUUUGUUAUAAGCCAUCUUAAAUCCUUAACUGAAGUACAGUAGGUAUAGAUGCAUGUCUUUCACAUUAUUGCCUUGUUUUUAUAUAUAUUAUAAUUAUGCUCUCACAUAUGAAUUAUGCUCUUACAUAUAAUUAUGCUCUUCACAUAUUGGCUCUCUGUAAUCUUUGUUACACUAUUUCACUUAGUUUUAUGGUAGUCCGUUUUAAUUGUAGUUGUGUUGGCCUUCAGUCUAUAAAGUUGUCUUCUGUAAUCCUACCUGUCCUUUUUUUCAUUUGCAUCAAUGACCCACCGUGUUACAGUUGGCGAUAACCUGGUUUCUGUUUGCUAGUUUGUUUAAAUUUGAGAGGCAGAAAGAGACAGAGCUGGCAUCUGCUCGCUCGCUGCCUGCAGUGGCUGGAGCUGGACCGACGCCCAAGGCAGGAACCUGGAGCUCAGGGCAGGUCCCAUGGGGGUGUCGGGGACCUGACCACUUGGUGCAUGUGAGCAGAGAGCUGGAGCCGGGCUCAGAUCCAGGUCCUCUGGUCUGGGAUGGGGACAUGGUACCCGCCAGCCCAGACACUGUCCCCGGAGAUGAGCUCUCUAGUAACGGGACUGUCUAGGCUCCAUACAUCCAGCAUUUUCUAAGCCGAAGUCCUGAUUUGCCUCUGGCUUGUCUCUCCUGCUGUCUCCUUAGCUUUUGAUGCCAGCACUGGCCGGUGCUUCGGCAGUGACUAUGCUGUCCUGUGCCCGGCUUUUCCCUGUCGCCCGUGCAGCGCUGCUAACGGAGAGUGGGAGCUGUUUCUCUCUCGCAGAAGCUCUCAGGUCCGUACCUUCCUUUCCGUCGUCUACACACGGCCUUGGUUCGCAGCCUCUCACCCGUUGCGUGUCUUCUGCAGGUGCCUAACUCGGGUUUCAGUUUUCUGUGGGAGGUAACCCCCGUCGAUGGCGGUGGCCCCAUUUUUACAACCUUUAGUGCUGCAGGCUUUUGUGGGGUUCGCUGAUCCCACUGCCCUCUCCUGCCCUUCACCCGGCUGCCUGCUGGAUCUUCUGAAAGCCAACCUAAUCCUGGUCACUCUUGGUCUCUGCUGGGACCCCAGCCCUCUCCAUCGUGUGGGGCUGAAGACCCACAUGCCCCCGGGACCAGAAAGAUGACUUAAAUGGCUGCAGUGGACUGGGUGCGAGGAGGCGGGG